CUGGGGAUUGUACUUGGAGACUGGAAAGGAGCACUUUACCAUUUCAUCUCACAGAGUUGAAAGCAAAAUUCUGACCAGCUGGUGUGUGUGUGUGUAUGUGUUUUUUUGGCUCUUUCAAGUACGGACCCGCUUGCAGAAAACGCACUCAUCCACGGAGUCUGUCAGAAGCUCAUGCUGCAGACGCACUCGCUCUCCAAACUCACUUUUACGCACGGCGGCGGAGCAAAAGAGGAUCAGCUGCAGUGCUUUCUGCGCACUCCUCUCAUUUCAAAGACUUUGAUUAAACUCAUUCUGGCAACUUAAAGUCGCUUUUUUUUUUAAAGAGGCGUUUUCCUCUUGCGAGAAAGCAGAGAUAACUCUAACCGUUUCACGCGUAAUUUGGUACCAAACAGUUUUUCGUAUGAAUCUCCUCGACCCUUACCUGAAGAUGUCGGAGGAACAAGACAAGUGUCUCUCUGAUGCCCCGAGCCCGAGCAUGUCCGAGGACUCUGCGGGCUCUCCGUGCCCGUCCGGUUCGGGCUCUGACACCGAGAACACCCGGCCGUCUGAGAACGGGCUGCUCAGAGCGGACGGAACCCUGAACGACUUCAAGAAGGACGAGGAGGAUAAGUUUCCCGCUUGCAUCCGCGACGCCGUGUCCCAGGUGCUUAAGGGCUACGACUGGACCCUCGUGCCUAUGCCGGUGCGCGUUAACGGAUCUACCAAGAACAAGCCUCACGUAAAGAGACCGAUGAAUGCCUUCAUGGUGUGGGCUCAGGCUGCGCGGAGGAAGCUGGCGGAUCAGUACCCACACCUGCAUAACGCAGAGCUCAGCAAAACUCUGGGGAAACUCUGGAGACUUCUCAAUGAAGGCGAGAAGCGGCCGUUUGUGGAGGAGGCUGAGCGACUCCGGGUGCAGCAUAAGAAGGAUCACCCGGACUACAAAUACCAGCCCCGGCGGAGGAAGUCUGUGAAGAACGGACAGAGCGAGACGGAGGACGGCAGCGAGCAGACGCACAUUUCCCCGAAUGCCAUCUUCAAAGCUCUCCAGCAGGCGGACUCCCCGGCCUCCAGCAUGGGAGAGGUGCACUCUCCGGGCGAGCACUCAGGCUCCCAGGGGCCCCCCACUCCUCCCACCACCCCUAAGACUGAUGUCAGCUCAGGCAAGAUGGACCUAAAGCGUGAAGGAGGCCUCCGCUCUCUUGCUGACGGGCCUGGCGGGCGCCAGCUCAACAUCGACUUCCGCGAUGUGGACAUCGGCGAGCUGAGCAGUGAUGUCAUCUCCCACAUCGAGACCUUUGACGUCAAUGAGUUCGACCAGUACCUCCCGCCUAACGGUCACCCGGGCUCUGCAGGCGGCCCUGGCAACGCGGCCGUCACCUACACCGGCAGCUACAGCAUCAGCAGCGGGGCUCCAGUCAGCCCUCAGGCAGGAGGUGCUGCGGCCUGGUUGGCAAAAAGCCAGAGCCAGCAGGGACAACAGCAGCAGCAGCAGCACACCCUGACCUCCCUGGGGAGCAACGGCGGCUCAGAGGCGGGUCAGGCCCAGCACAGGACCCAGAUCAAGACAGAGCAGCUGAGCCCGAGCCACUUCAGCGAGCAGCAGGGCUCCCCGCAGCACGUCACCUACAGCCCUUUCAACCUGCAGCACUACAGCCCCUCCUCCUACCCGGCCAUCUCCAGGGCGCAGCAGUACGAAUACGCAGACCACCAGGGGGGCACCGCAGCAGCCGCCGCCGCCGCUGCCUCCUACUACAGCCACGCGGGGGCGGGGCAGGGCUCAGGGCUGUACUCGACUUUCAGCUACAUGAGCAGCCCCAGCCAGAGGCCCAUGUACACGCCCAUCGCCGACAACACAGGGGUGCCCUCCAUCCCCCAGAGCAGCCCGCAGCACUGGGAGCAGGCGCCCGUUUACACCCAGCUCACCAGACCCUGAGAGCUGGCCCCACAGACUUAAACAAGACUUAACACGAUGACAUGUACAGCCACACACACAUAUACAAACACACACACACACACACACGCACACACACACACUCCAAAAAACACUUUACUUCAAGGAGACUUCUCCCUCCAGAGUUGCUCCCUGAAUCAGACACUUGAAUUCCAAGAAGAGGAGAGCUGGACUUGUGAUUGGCUCACGUCGUGCCUUGCUAUUGUAUCAUGAUAGAAACUAUAUAUAUAUUUUUUAGAGAGAUGAAAAGACUUAAAAAAUCCUCUGUGAGGACUUAUGAUUGUCGAUAUUUCAGUAGGUACUGUGUAUGUUUCUCCAUUGUUGUUUAUUUUCUUCAUACGCUGGCAGUUUGUAACCCAUGGGGGGUGGGGAGGGAGGCAGGGUAAUUAUUUGUACCUGUAGAUAUAAAAUUCAAAGCUUUAUAUUUUUUAACCAGCUCAGCGACUAACCACUCACUGGUAGUGGCGUGUCUGGUUCUCUCUCUGUUCUAUGUCACGCGAGGAUUUUCCAGUUUGUUCCUUUAUUCUUUUCUGUGCCAUUCAGCAAAUAUGGUUUGUAUUUAAGCUGUUAUGCUGUUGAUUAGUUUGGGUUUUUUUUUUUUCAAAUUAUGUGUCAUGAUCAUUGGAAAAGCUAUUAGGCAAUACAGAGAAAGAGAGACUUGGUUUCACAAUGCUGUGCUGUGUCGAAGAAGGGGGGCGAAAAAAUGAGAGGGGGGGGGACUGCAACCUUUUCCACCAUCCGUGCCUUGGAUUUUACAUUUUCUCUAACUUUUUGUAUGCUUAUGUGUGUGUGUGUGUGUGUGUGUGUGUGUGCGUGUGUGCGACGGCCACAGCUGAGAUUACACUUACCGUCCAAACAGCGUGUGUUUGACAGCUACAGGAAGUCACCUUUGACCCCCCCAGGGUGUCCCCCCCCCCCCACACACCCCCCCUGCAGUCUCCCACCAUCCCGGCGUCCCAACCGACACACUCCCUGCACCGUGCCCCCCCCCCCCCCCCCCCCCCCUUGUUUCAAAUCCCAGUUUGAAAACUUUAUUUAUUAGCUUUAAUUUUAUUUUGAAAUUAAUUAUUUUGCAUACUAUUCUUAUAACUAAUGAAUUGUCCUCUUUGCAGUGUAGGCGGCAUAUAAAUUCCCUCUUGUUGUUGUUCUUUUUUAAAAUUUGAUUUUCAACCCAGGGGGUACUUAGACAAAAAUGGUACAUGCUGUAAUCUUUUGUUUUUUUAAUUUAUGUUAUCUAAAUGUCUAUUUUAAGUAUGUAUUUGCCUUUUUCUGAGGGUCUGGGGGUGGGGGGGGACUAUCUAACGAAAUGUGUACGAAUUAUUUGUUAUUUGUGAAUUUUCUCUUAAGUUUGACUUUAAACUAAGGCUGAAAGAACUGGAAAAUGUUAUCUCAGUUACAAAGUUUUUGCAGUUUUUCCUGUUUUGUUUUUUUUGUUUUUUUGUUUCGUGCGAUCGCCAGAGGGACCCGUCCAUCCUUUCUGCUCUGCUCCAUUUCCUUCUCUCUCAAUAUCAAAGAACUGAUGUUUCCAAUAGUCCUUUCCCCCCCACCCCCUUCCCUCUCUUGCGAUCUUGCCAUGUAUUUGUACUGUCUUUAAAGAAUCUUUUGUAUAUGUAUUUGCAAUAAAAAAGAAAAUGCUAU